AGCUCGGUACAACAUAGGGGUUUGACCCCGUAUAUUCGUUUGACUAGCUACUAUUGGGUUAAUCUUACAUUCUUCUAAUUUGAAUUGACUAAUAUACAUAUUAUAAUGUUUCAAUAGGCAAGGGAAAAAAAGACGAGAACUUGAAUCUUCUAUCCCCUUAAGUGAACUUAUUAAAGCAUACAAAUGAGAGCAUUUGAAACGUAGUACUAGUAAAAUUCAUUAUGUCAAAACUCAACUUCAUUAACAAAAAUAAAAAAGCCAAAAGCAGAAUAAGCAUUCCCUUAGCUCCACAACCCCUUCACAAGUUAUAUAAAUGAAAUAAUUCAUUCAUUUUAUGUUGUCACUCUCAUUCUUCUCAUUCACAGCCAUGUUAAUACUUGUAAUCCUCUACACCUUGCUCAUCCCAUCUUGUUUCUGCUCUGGGGAUGUCUUCAACAUCUCAUUCCCAUCGUUCGAUUCUAGCAGCUGUGGCAAUGGUGGAAACUUAAUUUGUAUGGGAUCGGUGUCUGUAGGCAAUGGGAGUUUGAGCAUCACACCGAUGGAUCCAAACACGGCCAUUGACCAGGUUGGACGGGUUUUGUACCGCCACCCUGUGAUUGCAUGGCCAGCCUACAUCGUCACCACCUUCACUAUUAGGAUAAUAACCAGUCCUAUUGGCUCAUCAAGAGCUGGUGAUGGAAUGGCAUUUAUUUUGGCACAGGAUAGUAGUCCCUCACCACGGGAAAGCUAUGGAUCCUAUAUGGGAAUCUUUGAUAAGUCGACUCAAGGUGCUCUUCAUCAACUUGCAGUCGAAUUCGACACUUUCAAGAACGAGAAUGAACCAGACGCAAACCACAUUGCAAUCGACACAACAAGCAUAGACAAUCCAGUUGCGGUGAAGAGUCUCAACAGUACCGGCAUUGAUCUCAAGGGUGGAGGAGAAAUCACAGUCAAGAUUGAAUACGAUGGGUGGACUAAAAAUCUUAAAAUUUAUGUCUCAUACGCUGGGGAACCCCUUGUGAGUUUUCUAAACCAUACCAUAAAAAUGAGGGGCACGGUCCCAAACUUUGUCUACGUGGGCUUCACAGCUGCCACGGGUGUUCUUACAGAAACCCAUCAAGUCCUUUCGUGGAAUUUCACAUCAAUUCAAUUGCCAGAGCAAUCUCUUGGGAUAAAAGAUAAGAAGAAGUCGGUGAUAGUACUCGUUGCAUUCAUCGCAGGGCUGUUGGUUCUUGCAACAAUUGUUGCAAUAUUUGUUGUUAGAGCUCAUAGGAGAAAUAGAAAGAGGAUUGCAAAGAAAGAGGAUAUUGAAGAGCUCAUAGCAAUAUCAGCCAAUGGGCCAAAAUUGUUUGCUUACAAGAAGCUUUCAAAGGCAACUCACAACUUUUGCAAAGAGAACUUGUUGGGAACUGGUGGAUUUGGAAGUGUUUACAAAGGAACCUUAUCAGAUCCUCAUACUACUAUUGCUGUCAAAAAGAUUUCUUCAACAUCAAAACAAGGUGAGAAGGAAUACUUGGCAGAAAUAUGUACUAUUGGGCGCCUAAGGCACAAGAACUUACUACAACUCCAAGGUUGGUGCCAUGACCGUGACCAACUCCUCCUAGUUUACGAAUACAUGCCCAAUGGCAGCCUUGAUCGAUUCAUUGGCAAGAGCGAGUUUCUUGACUGGCCAACCAGGUACAAGAUACUACUAGGAUUGGCAUCGGCGCUAGUUUAUCUCCACGAAGAGUGUGGUAAUCCUGUUGUUCAUCGAGAUGUAAAGCCAAACAACGUGAUGUUGGAUUCAGACUACAAUGCCCAUUUGGGUGACUUUGGGUUAGCAAGGUUACUUGAAAACAAUGGGUCGGUCACAACCAUGAUAGCAGGGACACCGGGGUAUUUAGCCCCAGAGGUGAGCUUCAUGGGAAGGGCUACCCCAGAGUCUGAUGUUUAUAGCUUUGGAAUGGUGGUUUUGGAAUUAGUUUGUGGGAGAAGAACAAAAGGAAUGAUGGAUGAGAAUAGUUUGGUGGAUAAUGUGUGGAGGUAUUACGAAAAGGGAGCGUUGCUCGAGUGUGUAGACAAAAUGGUUGAAGAUAAAUCGGAGGAAGAGCAAGUUAGGAGAACAUUGAUGGUAGGACUAGCAUGUUUGCAUCCGGACUAUACGUUAAGGCCUAGGAUGAGAAAGGUGGUUCAUAUUUUCAUGAAUCCAGAUGAGCCUCUGAUGAACUUGCCAGAAACUCGGCCUAUUGCAGUACAUUUAUCGUUUAAUUCUACUUCUUUUUCGACUUCAACUACGACUGAUUUUGGACACAGUGCCCCUGGCGAAAUUCACACAGAGUAAUUGGAAGAUGAGAUAUGAGUUGUGACAUGUAGAGGUGUUUUUUAUUUAUUUAUUUAUUUUUUUAAUAAAUGUGAUGCGGUGAAGCUCCGUCGGCGGAUCAUGGAAAUGAAUUUUUUGUUGCCAUUGCUUUGUAAAACAUAAUCAUUCAUGUAUGAUAUGUAAAUACUGUAUGAUUGAUUAGUUUGAAUGUUGUUUAAGUAAUAUACACAUUGUAAAUAUUACUUUAUAGCAGUAAUAUAGCAAAG